AUGGCUCCCCAGCAGCCUCCAUCAUCUCUGAGUCGAAAAUCAUCUCGGGCUCCAUCCUCGUCGGCCUCGGAUACACAGCUGGCGAGGCUGUCCGGAUCGACGCGAAGGGCCGGACACGUCCCCGCCUGUGAACCAUGCCGAAAGCGCAAGAAAAAGUGUGAUCGGAGCCGACCGACGUGUAUAAAAUGUACAGAGCGUAACUUGCAAUGCGAGUAUCUCGAUGGGCCUCCAGCGCCGGCCAGUUCGGUUCAGCUUGAGAGACUGGAAAGACUAACCCAAGAUCCAAGCGCGCUUUCUCAACUCUUAGCGACGCUACCGUAUUUCGAAGCCCUGGAGCUUUUUGACAUGUUUCGAAAAAUGCCCAGGGAUCCAUAUCCUGCUGCUUCAUCGAUGCAUACCCCGGAAUCUUCAUCCUCAAGGUCGCCUCCUGCCUGGACACCUUUGGCUGCGCAAUGUCCGUCGCCCAUGCACUAUACUCCCGCCGGGAGUCUUUUGCCGCCGGCAUCUAAUUCAAUGGAACAAGAGCUAAUGGUUCGACAUCCUAUCGCGUAUCCAGUUCUGAUGCCCAUUGCUGUCAACUCGCUACCUCUUGAAACGCUCCUCAUUCCUCGAAACCCAGAGAUGCUGAGAGAGCGCCUUUUACUAAAUGACACGGCUCACUCAGAACUGCCUGACACAGCCAAAAAGAAAGACGACCACUGUUACGGGGCUGCUGAUUGGUGCAAAAGUCUGAUGCACUUGACGAAAUCACAUCUUGAUAUCCUGCUCCAGGUUGAUAUAUCCUUCUGGACAGACUUGCCCAUCCCCAAUGACUUUGCCAUUCGUGUGAUCGCGCUAUAUCUCAAUAAUGAUUUCCCAGUUCUUCCUCUUUUUGAUGCCGAUCUGUUCCUGCAAGAUCUUUCUCAAAAACGACCAUAUUUCUGUUCGCGGUUGCUGGUGUCGGCCCUUUUGGCUUGGGCUUGUCAAGCCUAUACUUCUGUGCAUCACAAAGCAGCCUCCUGGAGCUCCCUCUUCUUUCUCGACGCCCAAGCGCAGCGGAAUCAACUGGACCGUCGCGAAUCUAUUACGUUAUGCAACAUAUCUGCAUUGCAACUCAUGUCCAUGGUAUCGGUGACAUACGGACAAGACGAACUUGCGUUCUUGUUUCAUAAGACAGGACUUGGGAUUGCAAAAACCAUGGGCCUUUUAAACGUUGAUACGCAAUCGCAGUCUGCAGCAGCAUGGGUUCACGGGUAUCCGGAUUGGCAAAAGGCUGCUUCAUAUACGGCGUGGGGCGUUUUCAACUGGUCUUGCGUCUUCACCCUUCAUUAUCAUAGAAUCGAUGUUGAUAUCCCGCCUGGGUUGAUGAUGCCUGGUGAUAUUGACAUCGCUCUUGCAGCUGGAGAUGAGGUUCCAGUAUCGUUACCCGAAAGGAUCGAAGUGUUUCGCGCGAUGUGCAAACUCUGGACAAUUUUUGCUUCCAUCGCCAAGAUAUACUAUGGCCCGGACCUAGAGGGAUUCUUGAAUCAAAAGGAAGCUCUCGAGUACGUAGAGGGGACUUACCGUCAACUCCUCACUUGGGCAGAUGAGUUACCAUUGGGAUUGGUUCGACAACCCGGUAGCAGCCCUGCCAUUUAUCUCAUGCAUACAUACUAUCACGCCAUAAUCACAGACCUUUUUCGUCCCUUCUUACAUCAGCCAGAUCGCGCCUCGACUCCACUGCGGACAUUUGCUGCGGAACGCGCAAAUCCACAAAAUGUUUAUCACGUUUCCAUCCGCCAAAUGAAGCGUCUCCUACUCUCCUAUCGGCUCGAAUUUCAUCUCGAAGCUCUCUCGGUCAUGUGGCAAACCGGGGUGAUAUACGUCGCCAACGCCACGAUGCGCGCAGACUAUCACAACAAAGACGAGAUGCAGUUCUUUGUGAAUCUAUGCGUUGCGGGUCUCGAGGAGCUUUUUAUGUCGUACAAGGUAUUUGGGGCAAUAGCCAAGGGCGUCAUGAGUAUGGCGAUCCGACAGGGGAGCAUAGAGCAGACGCAGGUGAGGCGUGUGAGGAGGAGAUUGAAGGAAACUGGGAAGCGGUUCGUGGUUGGUGAUAAUAGUACAGAUGAGACGAUGGCCAAGUGGAUGCUCGAUUUGGACCUGGCAUUUACCAACUCUGUUGAGGCGCAGGGUGGUAAACUUGCGAGGGAGUUUGAUCGAAUGAGUGAGCUUGGCCAUGACGAUGGCGAGUAA